AGGCAAUUCAUUUGUACUAAUGUUGCUUACAGAGUUCAUCAGUAUCUCUCACUAUGAUGAGAUAUCAAGUUCUUUUUUCUGGAGUCUUGGCAAUCAUCUUGGGAUGCCAGGGAUAUCCUCAACCAGAAAAAGCAGGCUCCUGUGGGUAUGAGUCCUGCAAUCCAAUCAAACCUGGUCUUAUCAACGUUCAUUUGGUGCCACAUUCCCAUGACGAUGUGGGAUGGCUGAAAACCGUGGACCAAUAUUUCACCGGAACUAAUCGAGCCAAUUGGGAAUGGGAGAACCAAAAACCAGGAGUACAGUACGUCAUCGACAGUGUUGUGAAGGAGUUGACGUUUGCUCCAGAGAAGAAAUAUAUCCAGGUGGAGACGGCCUUCUUUUGGCGUUGGUGGUUGGAGCAAGAUGACCAAAUGAAGAAUAUGACACGAAGCCUGGUGGAAAAUGGCCAAUUGGAGUUUGUGAGUGGGGGUUGGUCCAUGAACGAUGAAGGUGCCGCUCACUAUACCGCCAUCAUUGAUCAAAUGUCCUUAGGGGUCCGGCAUCUCCAUGACGUUCUCGGAGAUUGCGCUAGGCCAAGGGUAGCUUGGCAAAUUGAUCCCUUUGGCCACUCCAAGGAACAAGCCAACAUUUUUGCUCUCAUGGGAUUCGAUGGAUAUUUCUUUGGACGACUUGAUUGGAGGGAUAAAGAUAAAAGGUUAGCGGACAAGAGCAUGGAGAUGAUCUGGCAGGCUCAAAGUUCCACGGGUGAGGAUUCGGAUAUUUUCACCGGUAUAAACUACAAUGGCUACUCCCCACCGGCAACCUUUUGUUGGGACAUUUAUUGCGAUGAUGAACCCAUGAUGGACAAUCCGCGAUUAAAGGAUUACAAUGCCCCAAGGAGGGCCCAAGAGUUCAUCCAGAGCGUGCGAGAACAAGCCGACCAUUACCGAACGAAAAAUGUUAAGAUUGAAAUGGGCAUGGAUUUUCAUUACCAAUCAGCCAUCUCUUGGUAUCGUAACAUGGACAAGCUGAUCAAGUUUGUUAAUAACGAAGACCCCGAGAUCAACGUGAUCUACUCAACUCCAUCCUGUUAUUUGAAGGCGCUUCAUGAUGAGCAACUGGAAUGGCCAAUUAAAAAAGACGACUUCUUCCCUUAUGCGUCGGACCCACAUGCGUAUUGGACAGGAUACUUCAGCUCCAGGUCUUCGUCCAAGUUCCAAAUGAGGCAGGCAAACCAAAUCCUCCAAGCGGCUAAGCAAAUGACAUCUGUGGCCUACAACAAAGAUGUGGCUAACUUGAGCCCUCUAGAAGAUGCCACCGAACUUAUAGCCAAAUCUGUUGCCAUUUGCCAACAUCAUGACGCCAUCACGGGCACUGAAAAGCAGUACGUGGCCAAUGAUUACCAUGAUCGCCUCUCUGAAGGUGUGGAUGGUUUCAUGAGACAAAGUAUUGCUCAAAAUGGAUUCACUUACUGCCCAUUGAGAAAUGUGACACAAUGCCCGAUCACGGAGACGAGUUCCAAAUUCGUCAUCAAUGUGUAUAACCCCUUGGCCAGAGCUCAAUCGCGGUUUGUUCGCGUCCCUGUCAAAUCAGAGGAGUGGGUGGUGACCACUGAAACUGGCGAGGAAAUACCAUGUCAGACUGUUCCCAUUCCCGAGCCAGUUCUGAACAUGCCUGGUCAAAAAACGAAGGCUCUCUUUGAGCUGGUUUUCAAAGCUGAUAACAUUCCACCUUUGGGAGGGUCCUUCUUUCAAGCUACAGAAGGAGUAGGUAAAUCUUCAUCGCGCUCAUCCAAGCGUAUCCUCAAAGAGAAAGACAUCCUGGAGUUUGACAAUGGCUUGUUCACCACUGUCAUCAGUCAAGGGAAAACCCAGCUGAAAGUUGAAGAGGAAUUGAUUUACACCUUUAAUGAGAAGUACCUUUGGUACACGGGACAUCGGGGCGACAAUUCAAAUUUCGACAAGCGCGCGUCUGGAGCUUACAUUUUCCGACCAGAUGGUGAGCAAGCGGAAGAAUUGGCUCUUACUGGGGAGCCAAUUGCUUAUGAAGGAGAAUUGGUAAUUGAGAUUCAUACCACUUACGAAACAUGGGCAAGUCAUGUCCGGAGAAUCUACCAGGGAGAACCCAGAUUUGACUAUGAAAAUGAAUGGUUAGUGGGGCCUGUUCCAAUCGAAGACCAGGUUGGCAAGGAGGUUAUAUAUCGAAUCACCGUAGAUGAAAUCGAGAAUGCAGGUGAAUUCGUCACGGAUUCAAAUGGACGUCAAAUGAUGGCAAGAAAACGGAACUUUAGACCCACUUUUGAUAUUAACAUGACUGAGCCAGUCUCCCAAAACUACUACCCGGUGAAUUCCCGGAUUGGAAUGUCGACCAAGGAGGGCAAGCAUGGGCUUGUCAUCCUGAAUGAUCGCUCACAAGCAGGUGGUAGUAUUCACGAGAAUGAAUUGGAGCUUCUACUUCACCGGCGAUUAAUGGACGAUGAUGACUUUGGAGUUAAUGAGACCUUGAGUGAAGAAGCCUUUGAAGUUGGUUUGGUCGUCAGAGGAAAGAACUACUUGCUCUUCAACCACGAAGACUCCAAUUCUAACGUCAGACACCGAAAACUGGGCUUGGAGAUAUUUGGCACUCCUUUGAUGUUUUUCAAAGACGGCGACCUCAAUGCGGCGGACGUAGCCAAACAAAGAGAACUGUUCCCCAAUUUGGACGUCUCUCUUCCACAAAACAUUCAUUUACUUACCCUGGAGCCCUUUGAUCUUCCCCUGGGUCCUGUCAGCGAUGGCAAAACGCUGCUCGUUCGAUUGGAGCAUAUAUUUGACCAAGAGGAAGACACUGAAUUGAGCCAGCCCCAAGCCGUGUCCUUACCUGAACUUCUGGCCUCCUUUGGGGUCAUUGAAGCCGUGGAGGAACUUACUUUGGGUGGUAACGAACCCUGGGCUGUGGCUCAAGCUCGCCGGUUACGUUGGACAGCUGAAGACAACACACAGCAAGAGCAGGUUCCCCAACGUGACCACAAAGACGAUUCCUCAGCUUUUACCUAUGAGUUGAAGCCCAUGAGCAUUCGUACAUUCAAGGUGACGUUGAAGGGCGAGACUUCCCUUGAGACCACAACGGUUUUUUUUCAGGAGCCAAGUCGAGGAAUUGUUUAGCCUCACUCCUACUUUCAAUUCUGUCAUUUUUUUUGACAUUCAUUGUCUAACUUCCAAUUAUCAAAUAGAGCAUGCCACGUGGUUCAA